UCGAGCAAGUAAACGCGAAUUUGUAUGUGAUCAUAUCAGCGCCAUCUAUUGGUAACGUGAUGGCACUAAUGCAAUGCCAUACAAAUUCGCGUUUACUACAUACGAAUCACAACUACCUCCCUAUAGUUGUGAUUCGUAAGUAGUAAAAGGAUUUUUUUACAAUAAUUUAUUUAUAACAUUUUACAUUACAGAGUUAAAAAAUGGGUAUUUUCGCAAUUUUUCUCUUAAUUUCGUGUCCACUACAUUCCGUAUUGGGAAGAGAUAUGACAACGAUAGAUUUCGUGAAUAAAUACGUUGAGAAUGAGCAAUCACCGACCUAUUUGAUCUACUGUAACAUUUGCUGGAAUACAGACCUUAAAGUGGAACUGGCGAAGAAGCUCUCCAGCUCUGGCUUCCGAUGUUCCUCAUCAUUCGAGACAGAGUUCAAGUAUUACGAUCAUAACACUCUCUUCCUUCUCGACGCUGAAUGUCCCGACUUUGAGGAAUUCGUUGAAACGGCUAUCUCGCGAAAGCUGUUCACUUUUUCAUAUCGUUGGCUAAUACUUGAUGAUAACCAAAACGCACUAAUAAUUGGCAGUCCAAUCUACUCAGACAGUGACGUGGUGGUGGCAGAAAGAACAGAAUAUGGAUUUAAGAUGACAGAAAUUCACAAACCAUCAAACACAUCAUCAAUGUUCUUCACACCAAGAGGUCAUUACAAUGCCAGUACAGCUGAGCUAACAGAUACCAGAGAACACAGAUCCCUGUUCAGAAGGCGGCGGAACGUAAUGAGAGCUCCGAUCACGAUGGCCAAUGUUAUUCAGGACAGCAAUUCUACGCAGUAUUAUCUACCUAGGGAGGAACGAUUGGAACUCCAAUACGACGUUGUAGCCAAGGUGUGCUGGGUUAAUGUGAAGAUAGCGUUUGAGAUGCUCAACGCGACUCCUCAGUACAUAUUCAGCCAUCGCUGGGGAUACAAACAAAAUGGCCAGUGGUCAGGCAUGGUCAAUGAUCUACAUAAUGGAAACGCUGAUUUGGGUACGAACUGUUUGGUCUCCGACCCAGAGCGUCUAUCAGUGGUGACUUACACCGACACACUGGCGUCAUUCCGCGUGCGUUUCAUCUUCCGCCAACCCCCACUCUCCUACGUGUCCAAUAUCUUCUCCCUCCCCUUCUCUUCCAAUGUGUGGGUAGCUAUAGCCGCGUGCGCAGCUGUGGCGACGGUGGCGUUUUAUUUGACUAGCAAAUGGGAGGCUAGGAAUGGGACCAGCCCAACACAACUUGAUGGCAGUAUCGGAGACGCUCUACUCCUGACCAUGAGCGCUGUGAGCCAGCAGGGAUGUGUUCUGGAGCCAAGAAGAGUUUCAGGUCGCAUAAUGCUUUGGAUUUUCUUCACUGCUUUGAUGGCGCUUUACGCGGCUUACGCGGCCAACAUCGUGGUGCUUCUCCAGGCGCCUUCGAAGUCCAUCAGGAACCUGGCACAGCUGGCCAACUCCAAGAUUACGUUGGCUGCGAACGACGUGGAUUAUAACCAUUUUGUUUUCAGCCUAUAUCCGGAUCCGGUACGCGUGACGAUAUACAAGCGAGUGGACCCAGACAAAGGGAGGGGACAAUUCUACGACAUUAUCGAGGGAGCGGAGAAAAUACGACAAGGCCUCUUUGCCUUCCACUCGAUUGUGGAACCAGUAUACCGUCGCAUCGAGAAGACAUUCCUGGAAUCUGAGAAGUGUGACCUGGUGGAAGUGGAUUACCUGAACGCCUUCGAACCUUUGGUGCCGGUGAAAAAAGACUCGCCGUAUCUGGAGCUCCUCAGAGUUGUUUUUAAACAAAUCCGUGAAACCGGCGUCCAGUCGGCAGUGAACCGCCGUUUCCAGAUCCCCAAGCCCCGCUGCAGCGGUCAGCAGGCCGCGUUCAGCAGCGUGGGCCUGCUGGACCUGAGACCUGUGUGUUUGUUGAUGGUCCACGGAACUUUACUGUCAGUGGCCAUUCUAUUUAUGGAGGUCAUUUGUUGUAAAUUGUUGAGGAGUAAAACAAUGAAGCAGUUGCAACAUAAGUACAAAUUGUAAAGACAAGAAUACUUCUUUAAUUAUUAAGGUAUUUAUACAAUUUCUGUACGAGAUAAUACAAUUAUAA